AAAAAUCAAAGUAUGGCCUGUGACGCCCCGCAACUGAGGGACUCCGGGAACUCCCCGAAGCAACGCUGCUGAAGUCCAUUGUGCAAGUAUGAUGAGUUGCACCCCGAUAGACCAGAUUACAACUGCUGUGAGGUACUGGAUCUCUCUCCCUCGACGGAGACGGCAGCCUUUCUUUAUAUCUUGCCCUAGUUGCUCUGUAUUGCGCUAGGGAGUACGUUCUGUUCAUCUCAUGUGUUUAAUUAUCUGUUUGAUGCCGCGUCAAUCUUCGCAUUUCUGUAUAUUGGUCGUUGGCAACGGAUGGGUCAAUCCAUCUUCCUCGGAUUUCUGCAGAUAUAUCCGCGUUUCGGGGGGUACUGCCUACCCCAGGGCUCUGCGCAGAUUGCAUGAUCAGCCAGUGAAGUUGACAUUCUUAGCGUUCUCGCGGAAAUCGCAAUUCCGAUGCUUUGCGUCUCCCUUGGCCAGUUUCCCUUUGCCCAUCCCAUCUUGGACUCUCGGACAUCUUCUCUCUCUGUUGCAUCAACCAUGUUAUACAGUACAUAUGAAAUAUAUUGCAUUUUGCUAUAUAUGUUGCGACCAUCGUGACCUGUCUAAACCCGAAGUUUAUCGAUCAGUGGGGUGGCUGCCAACAGUCCGUUUCUUGUUUUCCGGGUCGUCGAGGUAUAUAUGUGGGGGCUAUAAACAGGUCAUCCAUAUAGUGGCAUGCGCAUUCCUCCGCGCGUCCAUCCUUGAUCGGCUUGGUCUUCGAACAACGUAUUUCGCACUUUUGAUUCUGGUGUACAACGUUGGAUUGAUGUACACAUAUUGUUACGAAGUCAUAGAAGCUGGAGUUCUGCCUAAUGUAUACGUACCAUACCAGCGCCUGCGGGUCUCUUUCUCACACAGAGGAUGUGGUAUCAUGAUACAUGCCUGGUACGACAUGUCGACAAGCGACUAAGUAUACUGGAGUCCUCUGCGCUACAUAAUAUAUCGGCCGGGGGAUCCCAGGCGCGCGGGGAGGGGUAAGUGCGUUCGAUCAACAAACUAUCACUUCUGACGGAUUUCAAUCAGCAACAACGCUGACAAAUUGAUCCUACUAUCACGUCCAUUCAAUGUGCAGUCCCAGCAAAGCCUUCAAACGCUGAUACGUAGAUUCUCUUGCAAACC